ACCCAAACCUGGUUUUGCUUUGCCGCUAUUUAAACGUGAUUUAAACCAUAUUUAUAAACAGUUUACUGAAAAAAAAAUUGUAUAACCUAAUUUUUUUGAAAAAAAUUUCGCCAGUAGAAUUAGUUUUAAAAUAAUCGUAAUAAUCAAAUGACAACCGUGAAAGAAAAUUAUCAAAAUGUCUAUGAAACGAAUUACGCGUGUAAUAGAGCUAGCAAACAAAAAUAGUGCUGACAGAAAGUCAGCAGUGCAACAGUUGUCCGAGCUUUAUAAUAAUAAAAAUCUUUUGCUACAAAUUACACAAAAUAGUGUAAAUAAUGAAGAAAACACUACUUCAUGGAAUGAUAUUUUACAUGCAGUUCAUAAAAUCGUCACUCAGCUGAAAAAUUCAUCACCAUCUAAUGAUAUAAAGAAAGCGAUGGAAAUUUUUUUACAAACUUUAAUGUUUGCCAAUAAUACAUUACGAACGCCCGAUAUAAUAUCAUUUAUUUUGCAAAUCUUAAGUUCCCCCGAAUAUUUGUUUGCACAAGCAACAUAUUUUUCCGCUUUGACUACUUACAUACUUCCUGUUGUUAAAUAUCAAAAUAAUAUAACUCAAGAGCAAUGGGAAGAGUUAUUGGACCUCAGCGAAAAUUGUUAUAAAAAUGAAUUGUACCUUGGGAAAAAAGACAAAGUUUUAGAAGUAAUUCAAUUGAUAGUAAAAUAUGGAUGUUCUUUGUCAAAAUUAACAUACAAAACGAGAAAAUUAAUACCAUUUAUGGAAGAAAUUUUUGACGAUAUGAAAAGAAAUGAAACAAUUAUUCUUUCUGGUCUUAAAUUGGCAAUUGUAGUUUGUCAAGAAAUAGCCAUUGAAAGUCGUCAAUUAUUGUGUAAAUUUGGCGAGACUGUAAUACCAAAAUGCAUGAAUUUUCCUAAACUUGAUGAGAAAUAUAAAUUGUUUUUAAUAUUAAUUCAAAUUCAUCAUCCAAUUGGAGCAUCAGUGGACAAUGAAAUUUCUUAUGUUAUUGAUAAGGAUAUUUGGAAAACUAUAUUAAAUAAUAUGUGUAUCAUGAUUUUACAAAAUAGUAAAACUCAAACUCUCUCUGAAAGUUGUAUUGAUCUUGGAUGUGAAGUUUUCAGACAUAUAAUAGAAGAUCCCGAUACAGCAAAAGAGAUCUUUAAUCAAAUCGAGAGACAAAGCAGUGACAAUGCAAAGAGAAGACGUAUUUCUAAUGAAAAUGGAUUUUUAAUUAAUAUGAUCGCUGGUUGUACACCUGAACUUGCCUUACCAAUGUUACAAAUUUUUGCCAAACUUUUUAAAAAAUAUCCAACUACUCUAAAAAAAGAGGAAUUGCCAUUAUUUUUACAAACUGUGUCAUCGCUACUCAUGAAAUCGAGUAGUUCACCAAAAAUUUGUACAACUUUAUACGAACUUGGAAUUGCACUUGUUGAUGUUGAAAAUAAUUUAGAUUCUCAAGAAACAGCAAAUAAGAAUAAAUUAUUAUGGAGCGAAAUUUUGGACACAGUCACCAGCUAUUUAUCGUCAAAACACAAUCAAGAAUUGGGUCAUCAAUUUUUACAAUAUUUAAUUGAAAACGACAGAUUCAUAAAUUUGAAUUCUUUACUAAAAAUGUACACAUCAAAAACAAUGAAUUGGUCUCUAUUUAGUCUUCAAACAUUAUUAAUAAUAUGCAAUCAUACAAUAUUACCAGAAACUAUUCACGAAUUUAAUUCAAAUUUAAAUUCACCAAAAACAAAUAUGACUCCACUUGAAACUCAACUUUUGGAAUAUAUCAUAAAUAUUCCAUGGAAAAAAAUUUUAAGAUUAGAAUCGAUACAAAUUUUAUCAAAACUAUUAAUUGGUUUAAUAUUAAAAUCAUGGGAUAGAAAUACAAUACAAAUUAUCACCAAAGAAAAUAAAAAUGAAACAACAUAUAAAUUAAAUAAUCUCACAGAUAUUGAAAAAUGUUAUUUAGCAACAAAUUUUUCUAUAAAUAUUUUUGAUGAACCAAAAAUGCAAUUAAAACAGAAUAAUACAAAAUAUUUUGACAACAAAGAACAAUUAAAUGCCUUAUUUUUGCAAUUGGAAAAUAUUUUCAAAACAAAUAGUAAAAGCGAAUCAAUAAGAAUAUUAAUCGUUCAAUGUGCAUUAAUUGCAAGAAUAAUCAGUGAUUUAAUUGAAAUUAAAGUAUUUGAAAAUAAUAUUCACAAUUUUCCUCUUAUGCCUCUAUUUCAAGAGAAAUUCGAAAAAAUCUUUCAAUUUAUAGCUGAAACCGAUUUAACGACACUUCAACAUAAAAAUACUUUACAUAUUAUGAAAGUUUUAAGAAUUCUUUUUCAAGCAACAACUAAUCAUUCAAUUAAUCAAAUUCUUAUUGAAUCAUCGACAAUAAAUGUUAAAGCAUUACAAAAUUUAUAUUCAUUUUUAAAAUCUCGUGAAUCUAUUAAUACUGAAAUAAAAUCACAGGAAUUGAUAUUAAAUAUUGAUAUUGAUUUUAUUGGUAAAGAUAAACAAAUGGAACAAGCCAAUAUUGAAGAAGAAAGAAAAAGUAUUGUUAAAACAUUAAUUUUAUAUUGUUGUAUUGCAACUGAUAAUAAUGCAUUAAUUGACAUACAAGAAAAUUUAAUGCACAGUUUAUUAAACAGCGAUGGUUAUGAUUUUAAAUCACCAAAAGAUAUUCAAGUAAUAUUAAUUAUUCUUGAAAUAAUUACUAACAGUGAAUUAUCAAUACACACUGAAGUAUCAGUUGAAAUAAUAACAAAUUUACUAGAAGAAUUAUUUCAACAUUUAUAUAAAAAUCAAGAAAUGGCAAAAAAAUUAUUAAUUUGGUUACCAAAAUUCUUUCAAAUUGCCAUUAAAUAUGAAGAAAAUGUUUUUCAUAUUUUAAAAAUACUCGAACAAUUUCAUCAACUUUUACAAGAAACAAUGAGAGAGAGAAAAAAAACUUACGGUCCAUUGAUGUAUGUGGAAUUUUUAAAAUGUUUAAAACAAAUGAUUUUAAUUGAUAGUUCAUUAAAAUAUUUAAAACAAAAUCAAACAAUUGAUUAUUUAUUGAAUUACAUUAAUAAUCAAUUUUUUGUCGUACGAUUGGAAGCCGCACAUUGUGUAUAUCAAUUAUUUUCAUCACAAAAUAUUGAUUAUGAAUGGAAAUUGGAAUUUUUUGAAAAAUUAAAAAUACUAUUGAACAAUUCAUUUGUUAUUAAAGGAAAAUUGGAAAAUUUCGAAAAAGCCGAUGAAUUAAUAUCACGUGGUACAAGUAUGUUGUAUAUUAUAUCGGCAAUUAUUUAUGGAUGUAAUUUCUUAAAAUUACCAGCACUUUUUAUUCUUAUUCAUUUUGCUGCACAAAAAGGUGUUGAUACACGAAAUGUUGGAAAAAUAUUGAAAAUCGUCACUAAAGAAAAUAAAACAAUAAUUGAGAAAAAUUUAAAUUAUUUAUUAUUAAGUUGGUGGAAUAUACAGGAAUCAUUUGAUAAAUUUCCCUAUGAAGUCACUUAUUGUUCAAAUGAGGAUGAAUUUUACAAUAAUUUCAUGCAAAUAUUACUUCCAGUUUUAAUACAAACUGGUAAUAUUGAUCAAGCAAUAAUUCUCUGUCAACAGCAGGAAUUUAAUUUCGAACAUGAAUUUGAAAAUUCAUUUGCAAAAAUUAUUGUUUGGUUAUUGAUGAAAAUUACCAAAAAUCCUGAUAGUUUAUCAAGAAAUAUUCUUUGUAAUUUAGAAUCAAAUCAAAAGGAAUUUCGUUCUGUACGAAGAUUUAUUGAUUUACUACAUGAAAAUUUAGAUGAAAUUAUUGUAAAACUAAUCGUUGAAUUACAUGAUGAAAGUUAUAUUUUAAAUUUAAUGGAAAUUAAUGUUAAAUUUCCCGAAACAUAUUUUACACGUCUUUGCGUGAAUGAUGUCGAUGCAUGUUUAUUGUAUAUGGAAAAUAAUUUUUUUCUCUCAGGUAAAUUAAUGCAUUAUUUAGGAAGUGAACGAUGUGAUAUUUUACAAAAAGUUCUACUUCAAUUGACAAAGAAUAUUUAUGAUAAUAUUGAUGAAUAUAAAUUGAAAGCAUUUCAUCAAUAUUUUUACUAUUGCGAUAUAAUUGCGAGGGAAUUAAAAAGUUUUCAAUUUAAUGAAAUUGCACCAUUUUUGAUACGUGAUAUUUGUUCGACAUUAAUUUAUCAAAUUGAUGAUGAUAAUCAAUUUACUGAAAUGAUUUGUAAGUAUUUUUAUAAAUUUCUUCAAAUGUUUCUACCCGAACGUUCUUUGGAUUUUAAGGACAUUUUUAUAUUCUGCAUUAAGAGUUUAAUGAAAUGUGUGAUUAAAAAUGAAAAAUCAUCAGCAUUUUGUUCACUUGAAUUUCUUAUAGUUUGUCAAAAAAAUGUAUUUGUUGAUAUUAUUGCAAAUUUAGAUUUUAUUCCCAAUUCAUCGGCUUUUGAGGAAAUGAGAAAAAUACAUAAAAGUUUGCGAUACAAUACAAUGGAACAUGAAUCAUUGGAAAGUGAAAUUUGUCAUUUUUUAAAUUGUGAUGUAAAUUUCAUUGAUACAGAAUGUUUAAUACGUUUACGUAAACAAUUAUCAUUGAGACGUGAUGAAUUAAAGGAAUAUUAUCAAAAAUUAGAAAAACUUCGUGGUUUUGCUGAAGAUUGUGCAUCGAGUAAAUUACAUCAAUUGAUACAUAAAUUAAUAAAAUUAAUGGAAUCGUCAAAAUCUGAAAUAUCACAAGAGGCUGCAAAAUGUUUAGGUUUUUUGGGUCCGGGAAAUUUGUCAACAAUGAUAUUAUUGCCUGAAGAAAUUAAACGAAUUGAAAAUACAAAUCGAUUUGAAAUGUUGACGUAUAAAAUAUUAAUACUUUUGUCAGAAUUAAUAAACGAUAGAAAUAUUGAAAUACGCGAGGCAAGUGCAAAUGCAUUAUACAAUGUUUUAUCAUCAUUUUGGGGACGGAUUUUAAUAAAAGAAAAUUAUUUAAAAGAUUUCGAGGGCGUUAUAAAUAGUAAUGAAUUACAAAAAUUGUUACACUAUAUUCGACCAUUUAUAACAAAAUCAAGUGGAACUGAUUCAAUGGAUAUUGUAUUAUUGAAUAUUUGUUCAGAAUUAAAAGACGAUUCUUGGAUUGAAAAUGCAAGCGAUGUUUAUGGAAAUUGGAUUAAAACAUUUGCAUGUACAAUUGCUAAAUGUUAUCGUAAUUUUUUUAUGAACAGUAUUAUACCAAUUUUUCAAUUGAGUGUACAAUUUUGUGAGAAAAUGCUUCCAUUAAUGGUGAAUGUAUUGUUUGAUGAUGGAAAAUUAAUUGACGAAACUUGUGGAUUUAUUAAUCGUUUUUUUCAUUAUAAUUUUCCCAUUGACAAUGAGAGAAAUUCAUUUCUAUUGAAAUCUGAUGAAAUGAAAAAUAAUCCCAAAUGUAGCUAUGAAUCGGUUCAUUGUAUGUUGAAUAUUGUGAAUUUCAUUUGGAUUCAAUCGGAAAGAAUUGUGAGUUUGAAUUUUGAUUAUUUAUCAAUUGCUAAAGGUGCACAAUUUUGUUCGGCAUAUUUCACAUCUGUAUUGUAUGCAGAACUUUGGUGUGAUUCAUUUUUAAAUGGAAAUCGUGAUAUGGAAACGAGUACAUUGAUUGAUUAUAUUAUUGAGAAAGAUUUGGUGCGUGGAAAAAUUCUUCAAGAUAUUGUUCGCGAGGCUAAUGUUCGUAUUGGUGAUCCAGAUGCAAUUCAUGGAUGUGGAUCAAUGCAUUUACUUGAUUCAGCGUCACGAAUACAACGUUAUGUUGAUUUAAAACAAUGGGAUAAAGCAAUACUCAUGCAGGAUAUUGAACUUUCUUGUGGAAUUGAAUCAAACAGAGAUAUGCUGCAUAUUCUGCAACAGACUGGCUUGUAUUUUCUAUUAAAUCAAUUUGCAUCGAGUUUAAAUGAUGAUAAAGUAAAUAAGGAGAAUAACGAUUAUAAAUAUGAAUGCGCCUGGAGGCUGGGCGAUUGGAAUUUAUUGGAACAGAAAUCAUCUUCUCAAAUUUCAUUAAUUGAAGAGAAAAAUCAAAGUUAUUAUCAAUAUCACUAUGAAGCACUUAAAUGUCUCAAUGACAAUGAUAAAAUGGGAGUGAAACAAGCCAUUGACAAUGCUCGUUGUUGUGUGAUAAAAUGUCUUCGUAACAUUAGUCACGAAAGCACCAAAGCCGUGUAUCCAAUGUUAACUCAAUUGCAAAUGUUACGGGAAAUUGAAGAAUGGAACAAUACAAAUUCGAAUGAUUACAAUAAUCGCAUUGAGGAAUUACAAUAUUAUGAAUACAUAAAAAAUAAUGAUUUUGAAUUCGUCGAGCCAUUGAUAUCACAAAGAAUCGCUAUUUGCAAAAUUAUGCAAUCACACGUGAUGGACGAGAAAUUAAAAAAUGUUUUAAUUGACAUGCAUAUAGAUUUAGUUCAUUAUGCCGAACAAAGAGGACAUUUUAAAAUAGCUACUCGUACUUUGGAUUCUUUAGUGAUACAAAACGAUCUACCACAGAAGAUAAAAAAUAAAUUAUGUUACAUUGAAGCACAUUUGUCGUGGAAUCAAAAUAAUCAACAGAUAGCACAAUUUCUUCUCAGACUUUUAAUAAAAGAUACAUCUGUAUCACCUAGUCUUAGAGCUCAGGCAUUGUGUAUGUUUGGAAAUUGGAUAGGAAAAACAGAAUCGGAAAAUCCACAAAUUAUUAUAAAGCAAUAUUAUCAAGAAUCAAUAAAUACUUUUUUGUCUAUUAAAGAGCCAACAUCACAUGAUUUAAUUAAUUUAUAUGAAACACAAGCAGCACUUGCUCGAUUUGCUGAUAUGCAAUAUCGACAAAUUACUGAAUAUAUCAAAUCGCCACAAUUUAAAACUCUAAAAUCAUUGGCAGAACUUUCAAAUAGUAUGACAGACAAAAUUGAUUCCAACGAUAAUGAAUUGAGAAAAGCAAUAACCAUCUAUCAACGACAGAGUAGAAAUGAUGCAGCGGAACUUGAGAGUUUUGAAAAGGAUAAAAAUACAUAUUUGUCCCUCGCAUUGGAAUACUACUUGAAAACAUUAGAGCAGAGUGGUGAUCAUGAUUUCUUAAUAUUUCGUGUUGUAUCACUUUGGCUGGACAAUAUGCAGCAUCCAAUUUUUAAUUCAAUUUUAGGGAAAUAUCUUCCAAAAAUUGCGUCCUACAAAUUUGUGCCUCUCAUUCCACAAUUGGCGCCACACAUGAAUAUUGUGAAUGAUCAAUUUACAUCGAAAAUUAAUGAAAUUGUGAGAAAAUGCGCAAUGGAACAUCCACAUCAUACAUUACCAGUAUUGUUGGCAUUAAAAAAUUUAAUGGCAGAUUCGGAAUUUUCCAAAUUUCAAGAACCUAAAGAAAAUGAGCCAACCGCACGUGUGAAAGCUGCUACAAAAUUAAUUAAUCAACUAUUAAAAACAAAAAUUCAUCCAAUUAUUGAAGAAAUGUCACAACUUUCAUAUUCUCUUAUGCAUCUUGCUUAUCUUGCUCUAGAAAAAAAACGAGCAAAUCAAACUCAUAUGAUACCAUCCAAUCAAGCGAUAUGUAAAAUCAAAAAUUUGAAUAAUAUUUCUAUACCAACAAUGACUUUAAGUGUUCGAAAAAAUGGAAAUUAUGAGCAUAUUGUCGGUAUUCAAAAGUAUAAAAAUACUUUUGUCACAGUUGGUGGAAUAAAUGCACCAAAAAGAAUUGAAUGCAUUGGAACCGAUGGUAUUACAAGAAAACAAUUGGUUAAGGGACAAGAUGAUAUGAGACAAGACGCUGUUAUGCAACAAGUAUUUACUGUUAUUAAUUCAUUAUUGAACGCAAAUAAGGAAACUAAAGAGAGAAAGUUAAAUAUAAGAACCUAUAAAGUUGUUCCUCUUACACAACGUUCAGGAGUUUUAGAAUGGUGUGAAAAUACAAUGCCAAUAUCGACUAUUCUUCUUGGUCCCGAUCGAAAUUCGGGAAUUCAUAAAAAAUAUUAUCCAAACGAUCCUACUGGUUUGCAGUGCCGUCAACAAAUGGAGGCUGUGUCUUGCGAUUCAAACGAAGUGAAAUUAAAUACGUAUCUUAAGUGUUGCAAAAUGUUGCAUCCAGCAUUUCAUCAUUUCUUUACGGAAAUGUAUCCCUCAUCAGAAGUUUGGUUUGAAAGAAGAUUAACUUACACUCGAAGUAUUGCUACAAAUUCAAUUGUUGGCUACAUUCUAAGCAUUGGAGAUCGACAUUUACAAAAUAUAUUGAUUGAUCAAACGACGGCAGAAGUAAUACAUAUUGAUUUUGGCAUUGCUUUUGAGCAAGGAAAACUUUUAUCAACACCGGAAACAGUUCCAUUUCGACUUACACGAGAUAUUGAAGUAGCAAUGGGUAUAUCCGGUGUUGAAGGUGUUAUGAGACGUUGCUGUGAAAAAACAUUAAAAUUAUUACAAGAACAAAAAGAAAUAAUUGUAACAUUACUUCAAGUUUUGCUUUACGAUCCUCUAUUUAUAUGGUCAAUAAGUUCAACUAAAGCUUUUAAAUUUCAAAAUUCAAGUUCAAUGGAAUCUACAAGUAGCGACACUGGUGCUUUUGAAAUAAACAAAUUUGCAAACAGAGCAUUACUCAGGGUACAACAAAAAUUGCAAGGAGUAGAGGAUGGUGUUACUUUAAGUGUCGAGGGACAAGUUGAAAGUUUAAUUCAACAAGCUCGUGAUCCUAGUAAUUUGUGUCUACUUUUUCAUGGAUGGCAAGCAUAUUUAUAAUUUGAUAAAUUCAAAAACAACAUAAUAUUAUAUAGUAUAUACAAAAGUUUUCACAAAUGAAAUGAAAAUUUUUAUCCUUCAACAUAAUAUGUACGUAUGUAUAAAAUUUUAUCUUAUCGUAAUUAUUUAUUCUUAAAUCGAUAAAAAAUAUUCUUUUUUUUUUUAAAUUUAGAAAAUAUGAGAUCAAUAUUUUUAUACACUUUGUAUUAAACUUUUGAGACAAAAUGCGCUUUUAUACUCAAUAGAUUUAAAAUAUUAAAAAUAAGAAUUGUAAAUAUUUACAUAUUUUCAAAUACUGUGAUUUUAAUAGUUGUAUAAUUUUUCUUUAAUUGUUCACCGAGUGAAUAAGUAAUAAAUAUUUAUAAUAAUA